GUAAAAAGGGUGAUGGACAAACGUGCGGGCACUAAGACCGCAAGGCAUUCAUUUCCUCCUACGGUGGAUGCGGACGCCGGGAGGAGGAGAGCCCCACGACGAGGAGCUGCGAGCAAAGCGCAGAGAACACAUAGCGUCUCCGAAGAUCAGCCCCAAUGAACAUGUCAGUGUUGACUUUACAAGAAUAUGAAUUCGAAAAGCAGUUCAACGGGAAUGAAGCCAUCCAGUGGAUGCAGGAAAACUGGAAGAAAUCUUUCCUGUUUUCUGCUCUGUACGCUGCCUUUAUCUUUGGUGGUCGGCACGUGAUGAACAAGCGGGCGAAGUUUGAACUGAGGAAGCCUUUAGUGCUCUGGUCUCUGACCCUCGCAGUCUUCAGUAUAUUCGGUGCUGUUCGAACUGGUGCUUACAUGGUGUACAUUUUGAUGACCAAAGGCCUGAAGCAGUCAGUUUGUGACCAGAGUUUUUACAAUGGACCUGUCAGCAAAUUCUGGGCUUAUGCAUUUGUGCUAAGCAAAGCACCUGAACUAGGAGAUACAAUAUUCAUUAUUCUGAGGAAGCAGAAGCUGAUCUUCCUGCACUGGUACCACCACAUCACUGUGCUCCUGUACUCUUGGUACUCCUACAAGGACAUGGUGGCCGGGGGUGGUUGGUUCAUGACGAUGAACUAUAGCGUGCACGCCGUGAUGUACUCUUACUACGCCUUGCGAGCAGCGGGUUUCCGAGUCUCCCGGAAGUUUGCCAUGUUCAUCACCUUGUCCCAGAUCACUCAGAUGCUGAUGGGCUGUGUCGUUAACUACCUGGUCUUCAAAUGGAUGCAGCAUGACCAGUGUCACUCUCACUUUCAGAACAUCUUCUGGUCCUCACUCAUGUACCUCAGCUACCUUGUGCUCUUCUGCCACUUCUUCUUUGAGGCCUACAUCGGCAAGAUGAGGAAAACCAUGAAGGCUGAAUAGUGUUGGAACUGAGGAGGAAGCCAUAGCUCAGGGUCAUCAAGAAAAAUCACAGACAAAAGAAAAUGGCACAAGGAAUCACAUAUGGUGCAGCUAAAACAAAACACAUGAGCAAACACAAAACCCAAGGCAGCUUAGGGAUAAUUAGGUUGACAUAACCCAGUAAGUUUAUGAUCCUUUUUGGGUGAGGACUCACUGAGUGCACCUCUAUCCCAAAGGACCGCUGCUAGAGGACCCCAUUUCUUUAUCUGUCAACUUUAAGACAAAUGAGAGCAAAAGUGAGCCAGAGGCAGAGAGAGAGAAAUCGAAGGCAAAAGUUAUUGACACUGAAAAGUAUUUACUAAGUGUUAUAUUUCUCUGAGAAUGAAAGAAGUUUACUUAAAAACUGUGCGAGCACAUGCACACACAAUCUAAUCUUUUUGACACUAAACUGGAGCCAAUAGAGUAGAUAAAAAUGGAAGAGACACAGGGUGUAUAUCUAGAACAUUAAUCCUUUUGCAAAACUUAAAGCCUUUUUAAGAAAGGUUAGUAGCUGUAGCCCCCAUGAGGAAAGAUGUCUUAAUCACCUCUUACGAAAACAGAUAUAAACAAGUAUAUUUCAACUGGUGUUUUCCUCUUAACAGCACAGCUUCAGGCUGGUGGGUUUGCCAGAACCAAAUGGGGCACAGUGUCCUUCCCAGGUUCUUCCUGGGAGGAUGGAAACAAUGCGGCCCAGUGCUGGAAGGAGCAGAUCCAUCUCAGAGCAUUUCUGGUAGUUUUAUCAGUAAAUUCUAUUCUUGAGUGAGAUAUGAAGCAUCAUCCUUGGUUCAGGUACCCCAGGCUUUUGAAAAGAGUAAAUACAGGAUAGAAAAAGUGAAACUCAACUGAAUGAUUUGAAAAUGGAUUCUGUAGUACAUGUAGAAAAGGGUCGAUCCAGUACCAUUCUUGAGCUGAGAAGGGAGAAAAGCAGGGAAAAGAAGUGAGCCGAAGAUCUUUACAAUGUAUACCCUUACCUGUUUGACUUCACACAUAGUCAUAAGUUUCCACAUGAAAAUCUGUGGUACAGUCUAUAUCUUCUAUAUUUUUGUGAAUUUCAAAAAUCUGCAGGGCCCUUUCCUGAUACUGAGUGAACACUGUGUUUCUGCAUCAUCUGCAUUUGCUCCCUAAGCAAUGUAGAGGUGUGUAAAGUGCCCUCUGCUGGUCAAGUGGAGAUACUUCAACAAACGCUUCCUGGGAAGUUUGGAACAGUCGCCAACAAAGGGCCCCCUAUAGACUUAUCCUCCAAAUUUUAAGUAAUACAAAAUACACGUCAUAUUUUUGGCCAAAUCGGAAGACAUCUUUCCUGCUUCGAGUCAGCUUCAGAAAUUUUUUAAAAAGGACUUUCACUCUGGAACUCAGAAAGUCAGUUUAUUAAGAGCCAUAUUCUUUAAAAGGAAAAGGUAGUUAAUAUAUUAUUGGUAAUAUUUCAGUCCUUUACAAGCCAAAUAAAUGUGUAAACAUUCCUAGUAUUUCAAAGAAACAAUUAUGUAAAGUUGUUCAAUGUGAUAUAAUAGUAUUCUAAUUGGUUAAGUAGCUUAAUGAUUAGACACACUAGUUGAAAAGAGUAGGGGCUGCUCCACUGCGUAGAUCACACAUGUAGAGCCACACAUAUGCACAAAUGUGGGGUGCACCGGCUUUCAGAGCCCAGACGAAUAGAAACACACUUUCUGGCUAGCAGAAAAGAAACCGUUGUUUAUCUUUUCUUGCUUUAUUUGAGAGUGUACAGUAAAAGGGAUUUUUUCAAAUUAUUUUUAUAUUAUUUUAGCUUUAAUUGUGCUGUCAUUCAUGAAACAGAGCUGUUCUGCUUCUCUGUCAGAGAUGACAAGGGCUUUCUCAGCAUCUCGUUUAUGUGUGGAAUUGAAAAGAAUAAAGUUUUAUUCCAUUCUGUGUGAAUGGUUUGAACAGUGAACAA